AUGCAUUUUUCCAAUGGAAGCAACACAACCAGUGUCACACCAUCGUCUGAUGACGUCACCGAUGGCGAUUCAAAAUCAACCAAUUGGGACAGCUUUGCCGACAGCGAUUUCGUUCUCAUUCUUUACGGUGUCAUCUGUGUGGUUGGGAUCCUUGGUAACCUGCUGGUGGUCUUUGUACUCUUACGCGUGCCGUCCCUGCGAUCGAACACCAGCGACAUCUUAGUCCAUCUCGCAUUGGUUGAUUUUAUCGUGUGCCUAUUGGUCAUCCCUUUCAAAAUCGUUCCGACCAUGGGGCCGUCUGAGCCUAACACUGGGUUCUUUGGUCAGCUCCGAUGCAAGCUGUAUGUCGGCCAGUUUCUGUUCUGGGUUUGCGCUGUGGUAUCCGUGCUUUGCCUGGUCACCAUCAACCUGGAGCGGUUCGUUGCCAUCGUGUACCCGCACAAGUACAAGAAAGUCUUCACCAGGCGUCAUAAGUACCUUAUGAUGGUAUCUUGCUGGGCAAUAGGUGCGCUCUGCAAGAUCUUCGUCUUGUUUCUCUACCGAGAAGAUGAAAUAGUCGGGUGCCACUUCGUGGGAUGGCCCGACCGGACCGUCCAGGCCGUGGUCGGGUUGUACAACUUCACGGCUAACUUCUUGGCUCCGUUCAUUGUGAUGGUAGCGGCCCAGUGGAAGGUCAUCUCGACCCUCAAACGACAAGUCCAGAUACUAAACGGUCGGAUGGUUUCCUCACCCCUCACCGAGGUUGACCGACGCAAGAUGUGGCAGCUCCGUACUAGCAGGAUGCUCGUCCGGACCCUGAUGACGUUCGUGAUCACCUUUGCCCUGUGUUGGGCCCCAAACCAAUCCAUGUUCCUGCUCUACAACAUCGGAGUGAGCAUCAACUUCGCAUCACCCGUCUACCACAUUGGCAUCAUCUUAGCUGUGUGCAACUCCUGCGUGAAUCCGAUCCUGUACACAAUGACCAACAAGCCGUUCCGAGAGGGGAUUCGGAAAGCGUUCCGGGUGGGGACAGCGAGGGUGGGUAACACCGGACCGGAACAAGGAAGCUCAACCAACAAUACAGCUACGACAAGGUUUGGAGAAACAACUGAGAAAUUAUAA